CGAUCCACACUCUCAGGCCUCAGUUCCUCAGUACUGUAGACCGUGUGACCGCUCACAAAAACAGAGAGAGAGAGAGAGAGAGACAUCCUCUUCUUAUUAGCCACCAUUUAAGACCAUACACAUGCGUGCUUAAUAAGCCAUUUCACAUUUACUUCUAUCUUUUUUCUCUUUCUCUUUCUCUUUCUCUUUCUUACUCUCACACACACCACUCACAAGGACAGCUCUCACAAACCCUAGAUCUUGUGGCUAAUCCCUACUAUGAAAAGCUUAAUAUAAUAAAUAUAAUUCCCUCAUCUUCAAGUAACUGUCUCUUUUUUCUCUCAUACCCACAAUCCCAAUUCCCCCCCACAAACCCCAUUUCCAGAUCUGAGCUUCAAAUUUGGAUUUUUGGGUAUUUGGGAAAAUUCCCAUUUCUUCAAUUGCAGCAAUCUUAAUCUGAUCGGAUUUGAUAAGAUAAACAAAACCCAGUUACUGUUUUGUGUUAUUUUUGUUUCUAAAGACUGAAUUUUGUGCCUUUUGUGUUAGUAAAGUGUUGAAUAUAGAUAUAAAUUCAAUUGGGUCUAAGGCCAAAGGCUGGAAAUUUGUUGUCUUUUGCUUGAUUUGGUAUUUGAAUCUUUAUGGGAAUUUGCUCAAAUUUGAUUUGGAUUUAGAGAUAUUCGUUCGUGUGCUUUAUAUGCAUAGAUCUGAGUAGUGAGCAUAGGCUAUAUAUGUGGUAGUAGUGACAUUUUUCUGGGUAGUGGGUUCUCCAUGGCAAUGCCAUCGGGAAAUGUGGUAUUAUCAGACAAAAUGCAGUAUCCGAGUGGUGGUGGUGGGAGUGGUGCCGGUGGCGGUGAGAUCCACCACCGACAGUGGUUCCCAGAUGAGCGGGAUGGGUUUAUCUCAUGGCUGCGUGGCGAAUUUGCUGCUGCCAAUGCAAUAAUUGACAAUUUGUGUCACCAUUUGCGUGCUGUAGGCGAGCCGGGGGAGUAUGAUAUGGUGAUAGGGUGUAUUCAGCAAAGGAGGUGUAAUUGGAACCCGGUGCUGCAUAUGCAGCAGUACUUUUCAGUGGCCGAGGUGAUAUAUGCACUGAACCAUGUGGCUUGGAGGCGACAGCAGCGGUAUUAUGAGCCGGCAAAGGGUGGGGGCAAGGAUUUUAAGAGAUCUGGUGUGGGGUUUAAGCAAGGGCCGAGGUUUGAUGCUGUGAAGGAAGGGCAUUAUUCUAGUGUGGAGUCUCAUAGUCAUGAUGGGAAUUCCUCUGUGGGUGGUGGUGUUGUGGGUUCGGAGAAAGGCAGCGGUGAGAGAGGUGAGGGUGAGGUUGGGAAGUUGGAGGAUAAGGCUCCAGCAGUUGGGGAGGAUAAAAAAGAUGCUGGUAGCUUGAAGAGUUUGGGAAGUUCAGAAGGGACAACGUGUGGCAAUUCUCCAACUGAAGCCAAGGUGGUAGACGAUGGAUGCACCUCAAAUUGCAAAGAGAAUCAUUCUGCAGAACAAAAUCAAAAUGAGAAGCAGAAUCUUGCUCCGGUUCCAAAAACUUUUUCUGUCUUUGAGAUGCUUGACCAUAAGGAGGUUAAUGUGGUCGAGGGAUUGAAACAUUUUGAAUCGUUACUUGAUGACUCGGAAGUUCCCAAACUUGUUUCUUUGGUUAAUAAUUUGAGGGCUCAAGGAAAAACAGGACAAAAUCAAGGUCAGACUUAUGUGGCCUUAAAGAGGCCUAUGAAGGGACAUGGAAGAGAGAUGAUUCAGUUAGGCCUUCCAAUUGCAGAUGCACCUCCAGAAGAGGAUAAUGCAGUAGGAACCUCCAAAGAUCGGGGAACAGAAUCCAUCCCUUCCUUGCUGCAAGAUGUUAUUGAACGCUUAGUAGGCAUGCAGAUUAUGACUGUGAAGCCAGACUCUUGCAUCAUUGAUUUUUAUAAUGAGGGUGAUCACUCACAGCCUCACAUUUUCCCACAUUGGUUUGGAAGGCCUGUUUGCGUCCUGUUCUUGACAGACUGUGACAUGACCUUUGGAAAAAGUAUUUCGAUAGGACAACCUGGGGAGUUUAGAGGCUCUCUCAAGCUUUCUCUUACACCUGGAUCUCUCCUAGUAAUGCAAGGAAAAUCCUCAGAUGUCGCUAAACAUGCAAUUCCCUCCCUCCGCAAAGAGCGAAUACUGGUUACUUUCACAAAGUCUCAACCGAAGAAAUUCAUACCUAGUGAUGGUCAGCGCCUUUCUUCACCUGCAGGAGCCCAAUCACCCCACUGGGGUCCACCUCCCAGUAGAUCUCCCAAUCAUAUUCGUCAUCAUGUGGCUAACAAGCAUUAUGCUCCCGUUCCUACUACUGGUGUACUGCCAGCCCCACCCAUUCGUCCACAAAUCCCACCUCCCAAUGGCAUGCAAACACUUUUUGUGCCUGCCCCAGUUGCACCAGCAAUUCCUUUUCCUACACCAGUUCCCCUCCCACCUUGUUCGACAGGAUGGCCAGCUGCUCCACCAAGACAUCCUCCACCUCGCCUUCCUAUUCCUGGCACUGGAGUAUUCCUUCCACCAGGCUCUGGUAAUUCAUCAUCUCAGCAGUUACCAGGUACUGCAACGGAAGUGAACUUUUCUGCUGAGACAGCUUCCCUGCCAGAAAAAGAAAGUGGUUCAGGGAAAUCUAGUCAUAAUACAAGUGCAUCUCCAAAAGGGAAAUUGGAAGGGAAAACACAAAGGCAAGACUGUAAUGGGAGCAUUGAUGGAACUGGCAGUGGACAUACAGCGGAGAACGAAGUAGAACAACUAAGUGUUGACAAUGCGGUGGCAAGCAAGCCAGCCGGAGCAGUUUAGAGAGAGAGAGAGAGAGGGUUAAAGGAAAAAGGAGGUAGGCUGCGAACUUCAAAGAGUUUGAAGCAAAUGUAAAGAGCGGCAAUAUUCAAGACAUGACAUUUCAUACUACCAAGGGGAACGAAGGGAGGGGGAAGAACUUUUCGGUUCUCUUUAAAACCCCUUGUGUCCUCUGUUCCUUUUUUUUUGUUGUCUUAUUAUAUGAAUUCUUACAUUAGGUGGAAAACUCAGAUUCUUAAUUUAACUGUGGCUCUUUUGCAAUCUUGAUCAAAA